AGCACCAAAAGGCAAAGGGGUCAAAAACAAUGACUUUGACACAGCUUAAUCAAUCCCUUCACUUGCCAAUUAUUGCCUCUAGUCUGAAAUAGCAAACGGACUGAGGUUGUCUGGUCCAGCCACGGAAAUCAAAGCUCGUCAGGGGAUAGGAAUCGGCUACUACCGCUACGACGUCAUUUUCUGAUCAUAAUCUUCCCCCCCCAAACCGUCCACCCAAACCCCCAAAACCAACACCACGACGCCAGUAAUUAUUGCCAGAACCGACCACGACCCAGCACGACCGAUCUCUUGCACCACAACAGUGUCAUCGUCUCCUCAGAACAGAAUUCUGGAGGUCGCUACGGAACUGGGUGGAUUCCAGGUCCAGGCAUGCCGCCACCAAAAUCGACUUUGGACAAACAAUCUUCCACUCAUCGACAUCCAGGCAAUUCUGGCAGAUCCAGUAACGAAAAAGUGACAUCCAAGCCAAAAUAUGGUCUAAAGAAAUCUCUACCGACCGGCAGAACCAAGAACUCCAUAUCUGAAUCGAUGCCGGACGCGCCAGCCUCAUUGGGUCACCCAGGACCCCCUCAUGAACCAUGGGAGAAGGGGAAAGGAAAUAGUGAAGGAAAAAAGAGAGAGGAAAGAGGCGCCAUGGAAUCGACCGUACCGAGCGACCGCGCCGACGAGUUUGACUCGGCAGCAUCGGAAGACACCGUGGAGGAGAGUACUGAGGGAAACACAGGAAGCGCCAAUACAAAAGCAGGCUCGGCCGAGGAGUUGGAGCGGUUACGAGCAGCUGUAAAUGCGCAAAUUCGCUUUUCCCAGCAGAGAGAUGCUUCAUUACGGAGGCCAGGAUUACGCGAUGAUGGUAAAGCGUCGACAGCUGGAAAGUCUCGAGUCUCGCCAAUCCAUGAAGAAGCGAUCUCGCCGUCGUUGGAAGAUGCUUUUGCCAGUCCUGUGGUACCGGGCCCAGAGACUACUUCCACAGAAUCAGCAGCCACUGUGCGAGGAGGGAUUACGCCUGGUCCGUCCAGCAUACGUACACCAUCAUACCCAUUCCCACCCAUGAGGAGAAAUACCAGCUAUAACACUAGCUACAGCAGUCACAGGCCAUUUACUGCUUUAUCUCCCACUGUCAAUCCAGUGAACUAUUCCGGCGGCACUUUUGAUUCAGCUUCCUUCGAUCGGGUACAGUCUGGAUCCGUGACUCCAGCUUCAACUUUGAACUUCAAACCACGCGGGGCACCUCAACAACAAGAAGUUACCAUUUUCGAAAGCCCAAAUCUGUAUAAUUUGAGUUUGAUGCUCAUGUCAGAGCCAGGUUUGGAUUCAUGGUGGACCACAGUCUCUCAGAUUAUGCGAGACUUAUACAAAGCUGAUCGUGUCACGUUGACCAUACCAGCAGAUCCCACUGAUGUGGAGAAUGUACCGUGGGCACAGAAGGCCACAUUCAAUGCUACAGACGAGGACGAAUUGAGUUUGACAUACCUUCCACGAGGAAGUAGUUUGCAGCCAAGCACCACAAAUGAACCCUUCAACAAUGAGGAGGACUCGCCAUUGUCACCAUGGCAGCCUUCCAGCUCAUCACGACCAACUCUUGAGAGCCGACACUCCUUUACUGCGUAUGAAGACACCAAGCGUGAAUCCCCAGCAAAUCUUGACCCAGUCAGAGCCACAGCUGACCGUCCUUCGAUGAUGAACCGAGCACAAAGUUAUGUUUCCUUUCGCUCGAACAAACCACCACGUAGCGAAACUCUUCAGCAGGCUGAGCUAAGUUUGCAAUCUCUUCAACACCACUUGGAGUUUGAAGAGUCCAAAUCUCCCGUCAGUUGGGAAAACCUGGGAGAAGCUCAACAAGAAGUCCGAGGACGUGUAUUUCCCGUGCUUCAAGCUUUGGACUUUGAGGCGGAUCCAUUAAUAGACAACACUGGUGUCAUGCGAGUCUUGGACCGUGAAGCAGUAGUAGUCUUGACGCGUGACUACCCAUAUGCAGACAGAUCAGACCAAGUAGACGAGGCAAGCAGUGGGAGUGGAAGUAAAAUCUCGCAACGCAGUGCUAAGAAAGAAUCGCCAACGGAGAAGAGCAAAAAAGGCAAGACGCCAGAUCUCAGUACACGCAUUCAGUCCUUUCUCGGCAGCAAGAGUAAGCAUACACGACAACCAAGUCGCGAGCCUACUUCGGCCAUCAAAUAUGACGAAUACGAGCAAGGGCCACCUUCUCCCUGGUCUCAAUCACCCGCUCCGUCGCCCGCUGUUCGCAACGAGACGGAGGAAAACCCGUUCUUCGCCAGUCACCCUGUGGAUGAAGAGAGCUUUGAUACUAACCAAGCGCCGAAUGACUACUCGCGGUCCUCGCAAGUCGAGGCGAUUGGAGUGGAUAGGUCGUGGACCGUAUUGCAUGUCCCCUUGAUGCACCCUCUGCUUUCAAAGGCCGUUCAUGCCUUCCGUCUAGACACAGCAGCGUUGGAAUCCAAGGUAGGCGGCCAUGAUAGGCGUGGCUCCAAAGCGGCAAAGCCCAAAGAAAGCGAGGCCGCAAAUGAGAGACGUACUCCCGUUGCCAUUCUCUCUCUCCUCAGUCCAGUUAUACCGUAUCCGUCCAAUCUGCGCAAUUCACUCGAAUAUCUGGCUCCUCACCUGGCAUCUUCAUACUCGCUUUGUCGACACCACACCAAUUUGCAGACAGAGAUUGCCGGAUUGUCCCGGAAGGGCCCUCGACAGGCUGGGUUUGGCGCUGUUGUUCCCAUCGACCGACAGUUUCUUGAACCGCAUUCUUCUUCGUCUCUCGAAGACGUAGCCGUUCAAAGAUCCAGUGGAGGUAGUAUCACGAGUCCAAGUGACUACUCUGGAGUUUCGAGAAGUACUGCUGGUUCUCCCGCUGUUACUCCGGGUUGGGACCCAACUAGUGCUGGGCUAAGUCGUGACAAGCGAUUGAGCGCGAGCAGUCCCAGCUACCCGGGCGCUGGUGGUGAGAGCUAUUUUGCUCUACGGUCCAAUCCAUCGCUAGUCAGGCUGGAGACGGGCUCUGCAACCCAAGUGACUGGGGCCCGACGUUCAUCCAAAGAUCACUCUCCAGUAGAAUCUAGGUCACACCAUGGCAGUUGGAACUCAAUAGAUAAACGACAUCUACCCGAUACUGUGGAUUCUGAUCUUCAUGGUGAAGCCACUGCGGGUAAACCUGAGAGCGAUGAUUCUGGACCUCCUGCCACGGCAAAGAAUGAUCGCUCUAGUCGAGAUCCUUCUGCGGGUGGUGGUGGUGGUGGUGAAAUAAGAGAUCUAAGUCCCCCUCGUCAACACGAUACUCCUCUAUCGCCUAGACGCCAGGCAAUGCGUACGGCUUCUCACCAAGGGACCACCAAAGAGCGUGCGCACACCCAACUUCAUUCUUAUGGAGCUGACUUCAGCGCUACUUUCCAAUCAAUACCACCGACAUCUGGAACACUCACGCGAACUUCAACUGGUAACUGGGGACCUCCCCCACGUUCCAAUUCGAUUGCUCCUCUGCCAACCGAAAUGCCGCCUCCUUCUGAUAGAGUAAAGGGAUUGAUGCUUGAUUCACUCCCUGCUCACGUAUUUGUAGCCAUGCCGCCUUCAGGUGAAAUAGUGUGGGUAAAUAACCGAUAUUUGACUUAUCGUGGUCAGACUGUUCAAGAUCUUUAUCAAGAUCCUUGGGCAAGUAUCCACCCUGAGGAACGUGAAGAAUACUUGAAAGCAUGGGGCCAUGCUAUUCGAUCCGGUGAACAGUUCUCCAAACAGGUUCGAAUCAGAAGAUUUGACGGAAACUAUCGUUGGUUCUAUACCCGUGCCGUUGGGCACCGCGACCACCGAGGCGUUAUUGUACAGUGGUAUGGCACGCAUAUGGAUAUUCAUGAUCAGCAUCUGGCCGAAGUCAAGGCAGCUCGCCAGGAAGAAAUCGAAGCUUCCGAAGCUAAGCAUCGCCAACUAGCCAACCUUAUUCCUCAAAUUACAUUCGCGGCCACAGAAGAUGAUGGAAUUACAUUUGCAAACGAACAGUGGUUAUCUUACACAGGUCAAAGCUUCGAAGAUGCUUUGGGACUUGGUUUCAUGGACUGUAUCCACCCGGAAGAUCUUGCCAAAUGUCAUGUCCCCCAUCAAGCGCCUAAUCCAACACAUCUUACCUCACGAAACAAGCCAGCUGAACCGACUCGGAUGCCAUCCGAUACCUCAUCGAAUACAAAGGGAUCCUCCAAGUCGUCCGGAUGCUCCAUGCAAUCAGAUGCACCAACGGAAACGACUGUCAAAGGAAAACAUCAGUCAUUGUCAAGACAUAAUAGUUCCAGCAGCGAAUCCAUGUACGAGUUUCCUGUCUCGGACCUAUCGGAGUUGGCGAAAGCGGGUGUUAUCAAAGUAACAUCAGAUAGUGACGGCAGACUUUCUUACGAGACCGAAGUUAGACUGAAAUCCAAAGGUGGUGUCUAUCGUUGGCAUCUUGUUCGCUGUGUUGAGGUUGAGAAUAUCGCUCUUGGUAGUGGAGACGGCUCUUGGUUUGGAGCUUGCACUGACAUUCAUGACCACAAACUUCUCGAGAAAACAUUAAAGGAAACCAUGGAUGUCAAAACGCGAUUUCUAAGCAACAUGUCUCACGAGAUUCGAACGCCUUUGAUUGGUAUUUCUGGAAUGGUUAAUUUUCUUCAAGAUACGCCUCUUACUGACGAGCAAGCGGAUUACUCAAACACCAUCAAGUCAAGCGCGGACAGUCUGCUCAAUAUCAUCAACGAUAUUUUGGACCUUUCAAAGGUAGACGCUGGAAUGAUGAAACUUUCCCAUCAAUGGUUCCACACACGUUCCCUGGUUGAGGAAGUGAAUGAGAUCCUGUGCUCUUUAGCAAUUACCAAAAGAAUUGAGUUGAACUACGUCGUCGAUGCUGAUGUGCCGGAGAUGGUCAAGGGAGACAAGUUCCGCAUCAGACAAGUUCUCUUGAAUAUUGUUGGCAACGCCAUCAAGUUCACCAGUGUUGGUGAAGUCUUUAGUCGCUGUAGACUUGUAAAGGACUCUUCCGUUGGAGAAAAUGAGGUCAUGUUGGAACACGAAAUCACUGAUACGGGCAGUGGUUUUACUCAAGAAGAGGCGGAGAUGAUAUUCAAACCUUUCAGUCAGAUUGAUGGAAGCAGCACUCGCACUCACGGUGGAACUGGUCUUGGGUUGGUCAUAUCAAGGCAACUUGUGGAACUUCAUGGAGGCAAAAUGGAAGGCAGUGCUAUUCCCGGCAAAGGAUCUACUUUCACAUUCACAGCAAAAUUUGCCUUGCCAACGGACGAAGAUCAUCCCAACAUGCCUGCACCCACACCUCAACCUAGGGAGCUCUACAAAGGCGUGUCCGAUUCGUCUACGGGCUCAUCGCUGGCAAGUAGACCUAGGGUUGCUCGCAUUCCUAGUAAUGAAGUGCUCAAACCAGCGCUCACCGCUCAGAUUGUCCAAUCUCCCCAGUCAGUGACUCCCAAGACGGAAUCCAGUAUUGGAUCCCCCGUCGCUUCUUCGGGUAGCUCAGUGCCGUCAUUGCAUUCAACACGUUCACAUGCAACCCAAAAAACCUCAACAUCAUCCCUGGGACCAAAUCUAGCACAUUUCAGUCGUGCAGCCAUGGCGGGUUCUCCGGACCCAAAUCAAAUGAAACUUGCCCUUCCAGAUAGGCAGAGCUCGGCCUCUAGAUCUGUAACGGGUGCAGCAACAGAAUCUGACAAUCUUCCCUCAUCUCCUGCGCUGAAGCAUUUCCGGCCACCGAUGUAUUCGAUCCUAAUCAUUUGUCCUCAAACGCAUAGCCGUGAAGCUACCACGCAGCACAUCGAAAUGACAUUGCCAAAAGAUGUGCCUCAUCAAAUCACAGCUCUGGCCAGUGUCGAAGAAGCUCAAAAUUUGAUCAGCGGGGAAGAUUCUGUCAUUUUCACUCACACAGUCCUGAACCUUCCUUCAAAGGAAGAAGUGGUUGCGUUGAUUGAUAAGACCAAUGGCUCAAGCUCACUACCGCAUACGUCGAUUGUCGUUCUUUCUGAUCCUGUUCAGCGCCAGGAAAUCAUCAAGAUGGCAAAGGAUUACGAUUUCGAUCAACUAGCGAAGGAUCUUAAGGUGACUUUCGUCUUCAAGCCAGUGAAGCCAAGUCGUUUUGCUGUCAUCUUUGAUCCAGAAAAGGAGCGAGAUCUUAGCACGGAUCGCAACCGCUCUUCUGCUCAGCAGCAAGUUGCAGACCAAAAGCAGAGCUAUCUUGAUGUCACAAAGCGUCUUGGUAAUAGAGGUUUGAAGGUUCUUUUGGUUGAAGACAAUCUGGUCAAUCAAAAGGUUUUGCUCAAGUUCUUGAGUAAAGUGGGUGUCGAGGUUGAACUUGCUUUUGACGGUGUAGAAUGCACUAAGAAAGUCUUUGCCCACGACCAUUCCUUCUACUCUCUCAUUCUUGUAAGCUUUCUAUAUAUCUUCCCUCUUGGCCCAAGAUACUAACCAGCCCACAGUGUGACCUCCACAUGCCAAAUAAAGACGGUUAUGAAACAUGCCGUGAGAUCCGACAAUGGGAAGCGAAGGAAAACUUGCCACGUAUGCCAAUCAUUGCUCUCUCCGCGAAUGUCAUGGCGGAUGUGAUGGAGAAGUGCGUGGCGGCCGGCUUCAACGAUUAUGUUACGAAACCAGUCGAUUUCAAGGCUUUGAGUGCAACCAUGGGUGACCUCCUCGAAACGAGUGAAUAAUCCUUGGGUUGAGGACUCUGAUGGUUGAUUAUUAUCAAGCUUGCCUGGCGUCGCGGAUAUUUGCUGCUUGGGGAGCUCUCUAAUGUGUCUAUUUGAUUCGUGGACAACUUCGUUUCGACUCUUGCUGUAGUAAUGGGUGGUUGAGGCGUGAUGAGGGGUUUGCUUGGAUGGCUGUGGAAAUGGAUGCGAUUGAUCUAAUUCCCUCUCUGUCUAUCUUCCCUUUCUCCAUCCAUCUUUGAGAUCUAAGUAGAUGGAUUGGGGAUUGGCGAGGAUCAUUGGCGCGUUUGUAUAUCCUUUCGGCAUCUCCUUGUUCUACUUGGCGAUGGAUCUUUGGCCUUGCUUUUGCGGUCCGCACAAUGGAAAUGAGAUAUGAUGAUGGACUUUUCAUAUUAUUGAGCGCGCGUUUGGGAUUUUUUGUUUUGUUGGUUGGUUGGUAUCUUUGGGGGAAUGAAGAAGAAACCUUUUGAUGCUAGCUAGGCUGGCUUGGAAUGCUUGUUUUUUUGUCGUUGCUGUUGCAUAGGUAGCGAGGGUAGGAUUUUAGGUAGCCUUUUUCUUCUUUUUUCUCUACUUUGUUGUUUGCUUGCUUGCGACAUUUUUCAUCGUCUGGGCGUUUUUAUGGCGUUGGGACAUACCUCUUGCUUAUGCUUUGUUUUGUCUUUUUGGCUUGCUAUGGUGGGAUGGGAGGGAGGUGGUGGGAGUGCGGAGUGUGUUGGAGUGUUUACUUUGUCAUCGGCGGGGCAUUUGGGGGUGCUGUGUGUAUGUUAAAAGUUGUGGAAGAGGAGAGAGGGCAGUGGACAGAGGAUGAAUGAAUGAAUGAAUAGAUGGGGUGUGGUAAUGGGAGAUGG